CACUAACUAUUCGAGUUUCUGAAUUAUAUGUACAUUAAAAAAUGUUGAAUUGGAACCAUGCCACUCAGUAAUUGUUUAAUGAGUGGGGAGAUUUGCACUGAAGGCCACAUUACGUCAUCAAUAUUAACCGUCUCGAAAAGGGUUGAAAUUAGGGCUGACCGUCUGUUAGUUUCGGUUAUAACCAGUAAUCGAUCGGUCGAUUAUUGGUUAACCAAACUGAUGGCCCCCUUACUGACAAGCAACCGACCAAAAUAGGCCUUUAGGCUUCGGUUAUCUCGAUUUUCGGUUAACCGAACUGCCUCCAAAACCAUCUCGACCAGACUCCAAACACUAACCAAAUUUUGGUUAUCUCGAUUUUUGGUUAGUGGAUAACCGACCGAUCAUCGAUUUAAUCGACCCCGAAACUCCACCAACCCCUAAUCGGAAUACUGAUCCCUCGACAGGAACCCUUAUUCUGGACAUAUCAUCAAUGGUCAUUCUGAUUUCUGAGGACAAGGAAUUUUGUAGAUUAAAUUUGACAUCAUUAUAGAGGCCAAAAAAAUAAGAUAAUUACAGAUGCGAAUUAGUUCUUGGCUGGUAGCGGCCUAACACUUUCAUACUGACGUCAUCAGAAUCAGAUACGCCGCCCCUCCCUUCCACUGGGCCGGCCUCGGGUUGCUGCCUAGAGGCCCAACGUGUUUAAACUUUGGGCUCUUAUCUUGGUAACAAUUUGACCCGAUCACCGGCCUAUCUCGCAUUAGACCGUAGGUUUUCUUGUAGGCCCAAAGUUUAAGCCCAAAGUGAAAAAGACUGCAAAACAGAUUAUAAAUCCGAAACAGAACGCAGCUAGGUUUUUCUUCUCUCUGCUCCAAGGCGAUAAAGCAAGACUGUGCGACUUCGAGAUUGUAGCUCUUCCGCUGGUACAGCGUCCGAUUGCCGACGAUCUGCUCUCACCUGCGGCUUUACAAUGAUCAUCUCCGAGAAGAAUCGCCGCGAGAUCUCCAAGUACCUUUUCCAGGAGGGAGUCUGCUUUGCGAAGAAGGAUUUCAAUCUGGCGAAGCAUCCAGACAUCGACGUCCCAAAUCUGCAGGUGAUAAAGCUUAUGCAGAGCUUCAAAUCCAAGGAGUAUGUCCGUGAGACUUUCGCCUGGAUGCAUUAUUACUGGUACCUCACCAAUGAAGGCAUCGAGUUUUUGCGAACAUAUCUCAACCUGCCUUCGGAGAUCGUCCCUGCUACCUUGAAGAAGCAGGCUAGGCCUGCCGGCAGACCCUUUGGCGGCCCACCUGGUGACCGCCCACGUGGCCCGGGACGUUUUGAUGGGGAGAGGAGGUUCGGUGGUGAUAGGGAUGGUUAUCGUGCUGGCCCAAGGGCUCCUGGUGGCGAUUUUGGCGACAAGGGCGGAGCUCCAGCGGACUACAAACCUACCUAUGGGGGCGGCUCUUCUGGUCCAAGGACAGGAUUUGGUCGUGGUGCUGGAGGCUAUGGUGGUGGUGCUGGUGCUAGUUCAAAUCUUCCUUGAAGUAAUUUUUCUUGAGAGACAGACAGGUUUUGUUUCAGAGUUGCCGAUAUGUGAUGGAAUGCGUAUUUUUUUGUUUCAAUUUUCAGAGGCUAUUCCUGCGUAGUUGGUAGUCCUAGAUUCAGGAUAUAUGCAGAAUGUUUGUGGCAAUCAAAGUUCAUGAUGAUCGUUUGCUUAUAAUUGAUGAAGGUUCAACAUGACACCCCUUCUCUUUCUUUGUUAUAGUAAAAUCCUCUGUUUCCAGAACCGGACCGGAGGUUGAACCGUAAAAUUAGUGAUUUAGGGUUCACCGAUUAAUCGUUGGUGAACCGUUGAUAGAACCGUUAAUGAUAUAUAACAUAUAAGACUUGUAUAUUAUACUAAUUUAAGAAUGAAAUUAUCAUUGACCAUAAACAAGUUCAAAUUCAUAUCAUCACGAAAAUAUCUAAUAAAUCAUUCCAACCAUCUCACAAAAGAAACUACCUUUUUUAAUUCAAAUUAAAAAUUACUGUUCUAGUUGGUAGUAGACAAUGUAAAAUCGACAAUAAGGUUGAGGAAGCAUAUAUAAAAUUAAUAAUUAUGAUUUGAUUGUCUUAGUUUAUGUUAAAAUAUUCUUUUUUAUUAAAAUAGUGAACCAGUUGACCAGUUAAACUGUGCCGGUUCAUCUGAUUUUAUGUUGAACCGUGAAAAACCGUUUGGUCCAUCAAUAACCGUUCAAACAAUGAACCAGAUCGUUAUCGUAACUGGUUUGACGGUUCUACUGGCCCGGCCGUUGAUCUGGUUUGGUUCUUAUAACAAGGGUAAAAUCUUGUUGAAAAGUUCUUCUAUGUAGGAGAGGGCACGUGGGUGGUUAAUCUGCGGAUUGAUAUCGAUCCAACUGCAAAUAACCCUACCCGCACACAGUGGGUGAUUGAUGUGGGUGGAUUGCGGAUUGUUAAAUCUCCUACCCGCACUUAUGUGGGUGGAUUGCGGGUCACCCGUAUGAUCCGCGUCCUAUUUUUACAUGAAAAAAUGUUGUUUUUUAUAGUAUCGAAUAUUCAUCAUAUUUUCUAACUGCACUACUAUAAGUCUGAUCAUAUACUUCAAAAGGUGGAGAAUAAAGAAUAGUCAGGUGG